UAUACGUAUUCUCUGGUAUAUAUAUAUACUCAAUAGUGUAUUACGCUAUUACCAUUGAAUAUUGAUAAUCUAUUCUACUCUUUUAUUCUUUGUUCCGGAUACGUCAGCGAGCGGUCGUGUUCUCAGUGCUUAGUCCAAUAUAAUUUUUUCAACAAGAUGCCACUCCAACUGACGAAGCCCGCGCCUCAGUUCAAGACGACCGCCGUCGUGAACGGAGAAUUCAAGGAUGUCUCCCUCGCUGACUACAAGGGAAAAUAUGUCGUGCUGUUCUUCUACCCGCUCGACUUCACUUUCGUGUGCCCCACGGAGAUCAUCGCGUUCUCUGAGCGCGCCGACGACUUCCGUAAGAUUGGCUGCGAGGUGAUCGCCGCCUCCACAGACUCACACUUCACUCACCUGGCCUGGAUCAAUACUCCCAGGAAGCAAGGUGGUCUUGGGCCCAUGAACCUCCCAAUCAUCAGCGACAAGUCGCACCGCAUCGCCCGCGAUUACGGCGUGCUGGAUGAGGAAACCGGCAUUCCUUUCCGCGGUCUGUUCAUCAUCGACCCCAAGCAAAACCUGCGCCAGAUCACCAUCAACGACCUGCCUGUUGGACGAUCCGUGGAGGAGACCCUGAGGCUGGUGCAGGCGUUCCAGUACACUGACAAAUACGGUGAGGUGUGCCCCGCCAACUGGCACCCUGGCUCCAAGACCAUCAAGCCUGACACCAAGGCAGCGAAGGAAUACUUCGUGGACGCCAACUAGUGGGCUGCGACCGAGCACCAUCACCACACCAACCUGACACAUACUUCACGAACAGAAUGUCACAUGGCCUUCAAUAUAUUACCAACCGUUUCAGCAUUGGAGAAAUGGAAAAAUCUACUUCCCGCAUAGUCUACAGUAUUUUUCAAACAAUCUGAAAAUUAUUAAUAACAAUACUUCGUGGGCGUGUGUUGGUGUGAAUGCUCCGAUGACCAGCAAUGGUCUCGCCUAUCCUUUAAUAUAGCGCUACUUAUUGUGAUUUUUUAAUCGUAUUUAAUAAACGUUUGUUAAGAA